AUGAGCUGUUUUAGGGUGCCUGCUGCGGUUUGCAAUGAUAUUGAAAGAGAGUGCUGUAAUUUUUGGUGGGGUAAUGAGGGAGAUAGGAAGCUAAUGCAUUGGUCUUCGUGGAAGAAUCUUUGCGCCCCAAAAUCCAAAGGUGGAGUGGGAUUUCGUCGUCUUGAGUCUUUUAAUAGGGCGCUUCUGGCGAAGCAGGCGUGGAGAUUGAUUAAAUUUCCGAACUCCCUAGUGGCCAGACUGCUCAAAGGUAGAUACUACAGAAAUGGCGAUAUGAUGGACGCUAUACCACCAUGCAAUGCUUCUUUCUCCUGGAGAUCGAUUUGUUGGGGAGGGGGCUUGCUACGGAAGGGUAUAAGAUGGAGAAUUGGAAACGGAACUGGGGUUCGAGCUUUUGUAGAUCCUUGGAUUCCAAUGGAGGGGGGAGGAGGACGUGGAUCGGGAAGUGAAGGUGACGGUGUGAGGGUGGCUGAUUUUUUACGAGAUGAUGGGGGCUGGAAUCAACAAAAACUUGAGUCAAGCUUCCUCCCUCAUGAAGUAGCAGCGGUUCUUAAUAUUGAUCGGGAGAGUAGGAAGGAGGAGGAUGUACGGUUUUGGAGAUAUGAUGAGAAGGGAAGGUAUACGGUGAAGUCGGGGUACCUGCUGGAGACCGGUUUUUAUGAUGGUCACGAUUCGACAUCUUCCUCGGAAACUAAACGGUGGUGGAGCCAUAUUUGGAAUAUUAAUGUUCCGCCCAAAGUGCGGGUUUUUAUGUGGAGAGCUACUUCUAAUUUUAUCCCAACUCAUGAAAACCUGAAAAAAUGA